CACAACAGCGCGUGGACGCGCAGGCAGGCAGAGACGUUUUUCAUCUUAUUUCAUUUCCUCUUCACUUACAGGCCAGAUUCGGGCUGUCUGGUCGAAAAGCCAGAAACACUGAAUGAUCGGAUUUAAUCACGAGAGGUGUAAAGCUAACUGCUUCAUGACAUUAGAGAGCUAAAGUCAUGAAGACAGAUGAUUGACACUCUGAUGGUGUUCAUCAGUGUAACACACUCAUAGAGGAGACCAACACACACACACACACACUCAACAUGUCUGUUGUACAGGCAACAUGGCCGGCCGGGACCGAGUGUGUGGCCAAGUAUAAUUUCAAAGGCAGUACAGAGCAAGAUCUUCCCUUCAACAGAGGAGACUUACUAACCAUCAUCUGUGUAACUAAGGACCCAAACUGGUACAAAGCAAAGAAUGCACUGGGCAGAGAGGGGACGAUCCCAGCCAACUACAUCCAGAAGAGAGAAGGAGUGAAAUCUGGAGGCAAACUGAGUCUGAUGCCAUGGUUUCAUGGUAAAAUCACACGAGAUCAGGCGGAGCGACUGUUGUAUCCGCCGGAGACCGGACUGUUUCUGGUGCGUGAGAGUACAAACUACCCUGGUGACUACACGCUGUGUGUGAGCUGUGAGGGGAAGGUUGAACAUUACCGCAUCAUCUAUCACAGCGGAAAACUCACCAUCGAUGAGGAGAUUUAUUUUGACAACCUCAUGCAGCUGGUGGAGCACUACACUAAAGAUGCAGACGGUCUGUGCACACGACUGAUCAAACCCAAACUGAUGGAGGGAACUGUGGCGGCACAGGAUGAGUUUUUGAGGAGUGGAUGGGCUCUGAACAGGAAAGACCUGAAACUUCUGCAAACUAUCGGUAAAGGAGAGUUUGGAGAUGUAAAGGUCGGAGAUUACCGCGGUACAAAAGUGGCUGUAAAGUGUAUCAAACAUGACGCCACAGCUCAGGCGUUUCUUGCUGAAGCUUCGGUCAUGACUCAGCUGAGACACAAUAACCUGGUGCAGCUAUUAGGGGUGAUUGUGGAAGAGAGGGGCAGUUUGUUCAUUGUCACCGAGUACAUGGCAAAGGGCAGUCUGGUGGAUUACCUGCGCUCACGGGGUCGAACCGUACUCGGGGGCGAGUGUCUCUUUAAAUUCUCUGUUGACGUAUGUGAUGCCAUGGAGUAUUUGGAGACCAAUAACUUCGUACACAGAGAUUUGGCGGCUCGUAACGUCCUGGUGUCCGAUGACAACAUUGCCAAAGUGAGCGACUUCGGUUUGACCAAAGAGGCUUCAUCCACCCAGGACACGGGCAAACUUCCGAUCAAAUGGACUUCACCAGAGGCUCUGCGUGAGAAAAGGUUCUCCACUAAAUCAGAUGUUUGGAGUUAUGGAGUUCUUCUCUGGGAGAUUUACUCUUUCGGACGAGUGCCGUACCCCAGAAUUCCACUGAAGGAAGUUGUUCCUCGGGUGGAGAGAGGUUAUAAGAUGGAUCCUCCAGACGGCUGUCCGGCCGCUGUAUAUGAUCUGAUGAAGCAGUGUUGGACGCUGGAUCCCGUCGGGCGACCCUCCUUUCAAAUGCUGCGGGAGAAACUGCAGCACAUCAGAGCCAAAGAGUUACAUCUGUGAACCCACCGGAGAGAAAAGAGGACGAGAGGAACUCUUGUGUCACAAAACAUUUGAACUGGGACUCUGCGUCCUUCUGUGUGUGUGCUGGGACGUGGACACAAUCUCAUCAUUAUAAAUAUGAGAAGAGGAACACCUGCGUGUGUGUGUGCGUGUGCGUGCGUGUGAGUGUGAGUAUUUUUUCACUGGAUUCUUUUCAAAGCAUUAGUGAGGACUGCCGGUCUUUUCCUCCUUUGUUUUUCUUUAGUUUCUUGCUCAAGUCAUUCUUAUGGAAACAUGCAGCUCAUAUUUUACCCUAAAAUAAUUUUAUAAGAUGCUUUUUUUAAAAAUCAUGAAUAAAUGUUGAAUUAUGAUUUAUGUCAGUUAAUCAUAUUUUUUACUCAUUGUCUAUCCUGUGAUGCAUGCGGAUGUUUCUCUGUAAAUAUCAUAGACGCUCAAUACAGCUCAAUAUAUUGAGAGACUGCACAGCUCGUACAGGACCAUGAUGUAGAAAUACUUCAGUUUAAAUAAUAUAUAAUGAUUUUUGUAUUUUGUGAUAACUAGGAUGAUGUUUCUGGCAUUAUAUGUCACAAGAAUAUUUCAUUGCCGUGUAAAUAAUCCUACAAUCCGAAGCAUUGAAGUGGUGCUAGAAUGGGCUCUAUUUUCUUUAUGAUUCAUUUAUUUUCUCUUUAGAUUCAUUGAGGGUGAAAUCUGAGCCAUGCAUGUUUCACAUAUACACAUCUCUCUAUUGUGUGUCAGGAUGUGCGUGCGUGUGUGUUUGUGUGUGUGCUGGUGCUCAAUGUCAAAGUGCCUGUUGUAGUUCUGCCUGUUUAUGCCUGUUUGUCUUACAUCACCUCUGCCAUUCAGACUCAAUGUUUAUAUUUUUGUAGGUUAUUUUAUGGUCAGUUUUUAUCUUAAAGUUUGUAUUUGUUGAUAUGUAAUUUACAUUGAGACAGAAUGUGUGUUCACUAGAGUCACAAAGUCUUCAAGUGGGAAAACAUUCACACACACACACUCAUACACAGGUACACACAUACACACAGUGUUGUACACAAACUCAUAAACAGGUACAAACACACACACUUAUACACAGGCACACACAAACACUGUUGUGCACCCUCAUACACAGGUACACACACACACACACUGUUGUACACACACUCAUAAACAGGUACACACACACACACACACACACACACACACACACACACACACACUGUUGUACACACACUCAUAAACAGGUACAAACACACACACACACACACACACACACACACUGUUGUACACACACUCAUAAACAGGUACACACACACACACACACACACUUAUAUACAGGUACACACACACUCCAGUAAUAAAGAAGUGAAAUGCUGAAGAGAUUUCUGAUGGAUCAGAGUCUGUCGGGCUCUUGUGUGUUGGGUUCAGAGAGACUUUGGGGUGAUGUCAGUGAUUUCAAUCUUCGUUGUUUUAAUAUUCUGCCAUGAUUAUAAAUAAUAAAACAUUCCAACUGAUGAGCACUUAAAGGGGGUGGAGUCACUGAUGAUGGGUGUGGCUUUAAUCUACACUGUAAAAAAAUGAAUUGCAGUAAAUGAUUGUUUAGCGUCUAUAUGUCACUGAUAGUGAAUGGGUUUAACAUCAUUUAUAGUCAUAUCAAAUCAGAAUUUACUUAAACACAUAAAUCAUCUCUCUGUGUUUAUGAAUCUUCUCUCAGGUGUCCAUUAACCCCUAAACCAUCUGUCGUAUCGAGACAUGAACACUACAUGCAUUAAAUCCAAUAAACAGACUUUAAAAUGUAUAGAUAUUGUGAAGUAUCAGACAGCCCAAAUAAAGUUUAAAGCUAAAAGUAAUCUGUUACCGAGCAAUAUUCAAAUAAUAUUUAAGGCAAGAGAUGAAGGUUAUAAUUUAAGGGGGGGGCAAAUAAUUUUAAAAUUAACAGAAUUUGGACAACGAGAAAAAGUUUUUGUAUCUCAAGCUCUGGAGUAAGGAUGUGGAAUAGUUUUUAACGAGGAAUUAAAACAAUGUCCAAACAUAAAUCUGUUUAAAUUUAGGUAUAAAGAUAUGGUCUUCGAAAAGUACAGGGAUGAAGAUGGGUGUGAAUAAUUUACUAGAGGUUCUGGGGUUAUCAAUUCUCUCUUUUUUUUUGUGUUAUCGACAUCACUGUAUUAAUUUUAUAUGAUUAUUAUUUGUAUUGUUUUCCUGAGUUGUAGACAUUUAUAAAUUAAUAAUUUUUUUCCAUGG